CACCCAGCAGCCGAGCCGCUGAGGCUGAAUCACAUGAUGAUUACGCUAGCUAGUGAGCUAACAUGCUAAGUUCGGUUGUCAGAGCUGCUGUCAACAGCCACAAACGGACGGAGUGGCAUACCCCAACUAACAAGUAGUUGAACACUCGUCAAGUCAACACAUUUUGCCAUGUGUGAUGAAAAGGACUCGUCUUCUUUCCUGCUCACUGUCUUCAAGAUAUCGAAUCAUUAAACUUCCGCCCAAUAGGUCACUGGGAGUUUGGCAUCCUCAAGACUCAUCACGCAAGCAAAUACUCCCUCAACGCAGGAAUAUCGACAGAAUGAGGUUGUGGACUCACAUGGCCAGGAUGGGCAGACGAUAAAUAAGACAUCAACUUCAGAGGUAAGGUACAAGUUGAUUUCGUAAUGACAAGCUGCUGUGCAGAAGAUGUCCACGUUGUCUGUGACUGAUAUCCCAGAUGUUGGUCAUGAUGAGAGUAAAGUGUUUGACGGGGCCUCUGAGCUGCAGCUGGACUGCUUGGUUGAGGAGAGCAGUGGAAGCGCCACAAUGAAGCAUGACGGCCUGCUGUCGCUGGCUGACCUCUCCCAGCCAGAUGACUUCCCCGCCCCCCCCCAUAAUGGCCCUUUACUGACUGACAUGAGUAGCCCUCUGCAGGUCGAGCCAGGGGACAUUAAGCUGGACCCUUCUGCAGGUGACACAUCUGCCGCCAGCAUAGAUGGUCAGCCAGUGAAGAGAAAGAAGGGGCCUGCGCCAAAAAUGCUGGGCAAUGAGGUGUGCAGUGUAUGUGGUGACAAGGCCUCUGGUUUCCAUUACAACGUGUUGAGCUGUGAGGGCUGCAAGGGGUUCUUUCGACGCAGCGUCAUUAAAAGUGCCCAGUACAACUGCAAGAACAACGGCCGCUGUGAAAUGGACAUGUACAUGCGGCGCAAGUGCCAGCAGUGCCGCCUGCGCAAGUGUCGGGAGGCGGGCAUGCUGGAGCAGUGUGUGCUUUCUGAGGAACAAAUCAGACUGAAGAAGAUGAAAAAGCAGCACGAGGAGGAAACGGCCCGCACUUCCACAGUGGUCACCCCCACUCCUCCACAGGAAACGGCCGCACUGGAUCCACAGCAGCAGGACAUGAUUGAGAAGCUGGUGUCCAUGCAGAAGCAAUGCAACAAAAGGUCUUUCCUUGACCGACCGAAAGUGACACCGUGGCCACAGAGUCAGGACAUGCAGAACCGAGAAGUGCGUCAGCAGCGUUUCGCCCACUUCACUGAGCUUGCGAUCAUGUCAGUCCAGGAGAUUGUGGAUUUUGCUAAACAGCUUCCUGGUUUCUUGGAGCUCACGAGGGAGGACCAGAUUGCUCUAUUGAAGACGUCAACCAUUGAGAUUAUGCUGCUAGAGACAUCUCGGCGGUACAACCCUGCUAUUGACAGCAUUACGUUUCUGAAGGAUUUCAGCUAUAAUAAGGAGGAUUUCGCCAAAGCAGGGCUUCAGUUUGAGUUCAUUAACCCCAUCUUUGAGUUUUCAAAAGGAAUGAAUGACCUACACCUGGACGAAGCCGAAUAUGCCCUGCUCAUCGCCAUCAACAUCUUUUCUGCAGAUCGGCCAAACGUGCAGGACCAUGAGCUGGUGGAGAGGCUGCAGCAACCCUACGUGGACGCAUUGCGCUCUUACAUCAUGAUAAAGAGAUCAAAUGAUCAUUUGAUGUUUCCCCGUAUGCUGAUGAAGUUGGUGAGCCUUCGCACACUAAGCAGCGUCCACUCGGAGCAGGUUUUUGCCCUUCGCCUCCAGGACAAGAAGCUUCCCCCGCUGCUCUCUGAAAUCUGGGACGUCAAUGAGUGACUGCGAACCCGAUAUCACACUCUUUCUGAAGCCUGAGAGAGAGACAUGGCAUCCAGCAGGACCACUGACUCCUUUCUGCCCAUCUGGUCAGGGAUUGGUUAUAGCGUUGAGAUUUUUUUUUUUUUUUUUUUUUUCUCUUGUGGGAGGAGAGCAUCAUUGGCCAAUGCUCUCAAACAGACUGCUAAAUGGGUUUGUGUUCAUAAGGAGACACAUCAACACCUAAUUGUCGUUGAGCCUUUUGUUGUUCUUUCUUUUGUGUAGAUGCUGACAUGAUCGUGGCGAUAUUAAAUACCAGCAUCAGGCUCUUUAGCCAGUCUUCUUAGCUUUAGUAUUUGUUAA